CCGUGGAACCGAAAGUAAAACUGCGAAAGCUGCACGAAUGUUUCGGGGAAGCCCGACAGAGCUUUAAUACGCCAAACAGGCACAGUUAAACAGAGAGUUGUCAUUUUAACAUAAACAGCAACGAUGCCUGAGAUUUCGACCAUAUAUAAGAUAUCGAUCAUCGCAUUUACAUUGUUUUUUGGUGCUUCCGGUUCUGGAUGUCCGGUUCUGGAGUGCUGGUUUGUACAGGAGAAACCGGGUCAUGGAGGGGGCUUCUCAGUACCGAUGAGUCAAGAGAAAUCUCUAAUGUUCAUCAGGACUGAAGCCUUCAGUGAAGAGAGCUUCUCUCGACUUCAUCCUCCUGCAGACAUCAGCCCAUCCAGGAUUUACUAUGUGACUGAUCCAGCUGGCACUUUCUGCAGCGCCGCUCUGAAUCCACCCAAAGGCUCUGUGAACAAACCCAAGUGUGAGAUUAACCCGUUCAUGCCUCACGCCUCCAUGGUCAGAUGGGCGUCUGCUCUCACUGACUCCGCCCAGAGUCCCGUCUACCUGCAAGCUGAUUGGUUCUCAGUGGCAGCACAAGGGCUUGACCAGCAGCUGACGCUGUCCAAUAUCAUGAGAGCGCCUUCAGCUUCUAAAGAGCCACAAGUCAUCCUCAGUGUCUCCAGUAAAACUCCUGUGGUCCGCUCUAGACUGGGAGAAGCGGUUCUGUUAGACUGCGGGUUCUGGGUUGAUGCGUCUUCUUCAGUUCACGGUUCUGGAUUCUCUAUCGAGUGGCGCUAUCAGUUCCGGGGUGAAGGACGGCUGGUCCUCGCUUACGACGGCAAGAACGAUCGGUUUGCAGAGACAUCAGAGACCGGAGCCGAUAUCGACAUCACAGGCCUCUAUGAAACCGGAAACGCAUCUCUGGUUCUGGAAGAAUCUCAAGUGAGACACUCAGGAACCUACAUCUGCACGGUGUAUCUUCCUCACCUGCUGGCUCAGGUAGCCGUGGACCUGGAGAUAGUUGAGCCUCCAUCUCUCUCCAUCUACCCGUCUCCUCUCCCUCUGCUGGUUCCUGGGCAGGUGCUGGUGGUUCAGUGUGAGGCGUCUGGUUUUAAUCCUCACACUCUGGAUCUGAGCUGGGAGUUCAGCGGGGCAGACGGGACGUCCCGCUCUCUGGGUCAGGGCAGUGUAACGGGUCACAGACAGGCGACUGAUGGCACCUUCAGUCAGAGCAGCCGUCUGGAGCUGGACUCGGGGAAGCUGGGACUCGGUCGCGGUGGAGAAGUCACCUGUGUGGCCAAACAGCCAAACAUGACACGACGAGCUGCUGCGACUCUCAAUGUGAUCGGUGUCAGUGCUCCUUCUAUUGAGGACUCGAUGGCGAUGGUCGCUGUUGCACUUGUUCUUUACGGCCUGAUAAAGUUUCUUUCAUGGACAUUCUGCGCUUCUGACUCCAGUGAGACUGAAUUAAAGGAUAAGAAGCAGAAGUAAACCUGGACCUGGAGGUGAUUUUAAAGGCUGAAUAGAGUGCAGUGAAACUGGUCUUGUAAAGAAUCCUUUCAGAAUAGUUGAAUGUACUGAGUUUCAAUCUUUGCUUAAGAUUUUUAGAUUGCUGUAUGUGUUCGGGUUGGUUACUCUGUGUAAGUUUUCUUUAAAAAAAUUUUUUUUUUAAUGCUGGUUAUAGAAAAUGCUGGAAAAAAUCUGCAAAUUUUGUCAUGUAAAAUGUAAAUUAAUUGUAUUUUAAAUACUACUGUUGCCAAUAUUUAGUUUUGGGACUCUGAGCUUUGACAAACAGAACUUUAUUCAUGUAAACUCAACUGUUUUAAUGUUUAUCAAUGUGAACUCGACCGUUUACAGAUAUACUAGUUAGUGUAGAGCUUCAAAGAAGUAAUGAUCUGUUUGUUGAGAAUCAUUAGGACGUUACCUGCCUUUCUGUCUCUUAACUUUUGAAGUCGUUAGAGGGGAUCGGGCAGCAGAUUUUUUUUCUUUGUGUUAUAAACAGAUAAAAUACAGAGAGUAUAUCAUAUAUGUAAUAUAAAGUCACCUGAUGAGUGUGAAGGGAAUGCUCUAAGCACAAAUUUGAUUUCCCAUUCAAACUUACUGUUUUAUUACUUUAUCUGACUGAAAUAGUACAAAUAAUAAUCAAACGUCUCAAACUAAAGACCAUAUUGCAGCAUUCUUUGUAAUAUUUAAAUUGUAUUUUCUGUAACUAGCUCAAACAAAAACAAAACAAAAAAAGAACUUUAUGGGGUUUAAUGUCAUUAUUUUGUAGGUCAAAUAUGGCCCCUGUAUUUGAGUUGCGUUAUUGCGCAACAAUGGUAAUA